AUGAAUUUUCAAAAAUGCCCUAAUGAUUUUGAAUCCUUAGUUUAUCGUAUACGAAGUAAUCCGACUGUGGUUCAUCCAAAAUUUUCUUCGUUUUCAUCAAGAUUUAAAACAUUCAAAUUAUUCCCGUCAAAUACUUCUCAAAAUAAAUAUACAUUGUCCGAAUGUGGCUUAAAAUAUUCAGGAGUGGAUGAUGUCGUGGAAUGCUUUUGUUGCGGUCUUAUUCUUCAUAAUUGGGAAAGGCUGGACGAUCCAUGGAUUGAACAUUGUAGAUUCAGCCCAAGAUGUUUAUAUGUGUUACUAAUGAAGGGUAAUCAUUCAGAAAAUAAUGUUAAUGACGAAUUUGAAACAAUAGCUAGAGAAACGGUAGAUAGGAUAAUUGAAAUAAUCGAAAACGAAAUUGACGUAAAUAAUACUGAUAACGAAAUAAUUGAAAACAUAGAAAUAAAUAAUUUAGACGAAGAAUUAGACUCAUUUAACGAAGAAAUACUUAACGAACGUAUAGAAAUAAAACCAAUAAAUAGUGAUAUUUUAAAUAAAAGUUUACGAUUAAUAAACCUAGAGGAGUUUGAAAAUAGUCCUACUACUAGCGCAACUCGUCAAGGGUUACGAAAAGCUGUGAAAAGAGAUAAACAACCACAUGCAUCAUCUAGAGCGACAUUAAGACUUAUCCAUGCUGAAAGGUAA